UGCCGCUCCUGCUUCUGCUUCGUCCUCCGCUCACACUGUGUUCUUGUUCUUCUUCUUCUCAAUCCAACAGAUUUCCAUUCCCCCUCCCUGAUCUCUCAUCAGAGAUCUCUGCAUCUACACCUAUUGUCCGUGAUAGAUUCGCUCUGUUGCGUCUGAAAAGCUCCGUUAUCUUUGAUAGAUCUUUUUUAAUUGAACCGAUAGAAGGAGAGAUUUUGAGCUCCGGCAAUGGCACCCAGUUUCGAUUGCGUUUCAAGUCUUCUUUGCACAGAAGACAACAUCAUAUUCGAUGAUAACGAUUACGAGAGUACGGUGGGGAUGCCCGAUAAUUCGUGGCGUCAAACAUCCCAUCGACUCCACAAUCCAAGCCUUUUCUUUGAUGAUUCAACUGGGUGGCCAUUGCAGAGUGAUGAGUGUUUGGCGAUAAUGGUGGAAAAAGAAUGCCAGCAUAUGCCUGCUGGCGAUUACCUGAAUAAGCUACGGACUGGGGUUUUGGACUCUGGGGCUAGGAAGGAGGCCAUUGAUUGGAUUGAAAAGGUUCGUGCGCAUUUCCGUUUUGGACCUCUCUGUGCAUAUCUAUCCAUAAACUACAUGGAUCGCUUCCUGUCUCUAUAUGAAUUACCAAAGGGAAAAUCUUGGUCAAUGCAAUUGCUGGCUGUAGCAUGCUUAUCUCUCGCAGCCAAACUAGAGGAGAAUGAAGUCCCCCUGUGUGUUGAUUUGCAGGUGGCUGAAUCAAAAUUUAUAUUUGAAGCCAGAACAAUCAAGAGAAUGGAGCUUCUCAUACUUAGUACUCUUAAGUGGAGAAUGCAAGCUAUCAGCCCUUUCUCCUUCAUAGACCACUUCCUAAACAAGAUCAAUGAAGAUCAAACUCCACUAAGAUCUUCUGCAUCAACAUCUAUCCAACUUAUAUUGAAUAUUGUGAGAGGGAUCGACUCAUUGGAAUUCAAGCCAUCAGAAAUAGCAGCAGCAGUGGCAAUAUUUAUUGCGGGGGAAGCCCAAGCAGCUGACGCAGAGAAAGCUGUCUCUGUUCUUGCUCAACACGUAGAGAAGGAGAGAGUCCUGAAGUGUUUUGAAGUGGUCCAAGAGUUGUCAUCAAACAGCAGCACCAGCAGUUCUUCUGGUGCCUCUGUUCCUCGUAGCCCGAUUGGGGUGCUGGAUGCAGCAUGCUUGAGCUAUAAAAGUGAUGAAAUAGACGGUUCAUGUUCAAGUUCUUCACAUAAUAAUAGUCCAGAUGCUAAAAGGAGAAAGCUAAACAAAACCUGAGGAACUGAUCUAUAAUAGUGUUGCUUUUCUUAAAUGGGGAUCUUGUGUGUUUUUUGGAAAGUGAUUCUCCCCUCUGAAGGAAAAGCAAACAACGACGCGGAAAGAAAUGAAUAGUAAAAGAAAGA